AUGGUUUUGGAAGCUGGUUCAAAUCCUAUAGAAACCAUUAAACACCCUGAGGAACUUGACACAAUGUUGAAAACAGUUUUAUAUCCCAAAAAAUACGAUUCAGUCUCAGGUUGGAUACCCGAUGUUGGUGAUGGAAGUGUUUUAAAAGAACCGGUAAGAAAAGUUCCAACUGAAGCAGAUUUAGCUAGAGUGAGAGCUGUUGAUCGAAACACGCUAGAAAGAGUAGGACGAGCAGUUAACCAUGGAUUCGAAAAACGAGUACUUAAGUACAACAAUUCCAUUGAUAAUAUUAGUUGGGGUAAUUACGUAAAUUUGAAGUUAUAUCCAUUAUUCGAUCUGUUGGAACACAGAAAUGUUUCCAUAGGAUUACCAUAUAAAAUUCAUCUACAAAGAGAAGUCAAUGAUGAUAAGAUAUUCUUUGGAUGCAAAGAUAGAAAUAACGAAUCUCCAACUUUAUAUACCCGUCAUAACACCAUUGAAGUAGAAACGAGAAUAUUCAACAUGUUGACUAAAGAUAUUGAAAUAGAUUUUCUUCGUCGUAACACGGUGGGUAGCAUGACUUUAAUUGGAGAAUCCACUACUUGGCCAAUCACCAAUACUAUUAAACCAGCAAGAUAUUUAAUGGUUGGUCUAAAGAACUUACCAGACUCUCAGACGAAUAACAAUAAUGUCUUUAGAGUGGCAUUGAACCAAGAUCAAGAUCCUAUAAUCCAUAAAGUUUAA